AGGCUUUAUUAUUAUUAAAAUAAUUUUACUGAAAGGAAUCUAUUGAGGCUCAGAAAACUCCUAUUACCUGUCCAAGUCAGGCAAGAUUCCUACUCAGAUCUCACUUACUCUAAAAUCUAUAGACUGGAACAGAGAAAGCCCUCCUUUGGUAUUGGUUGGGGGAAUUAAACUCUUCACUCUUCCAUUUGUAGGUGAGAUCUCUUUAAGCCAUGGAGAGGAGCAAUCACACAGUGACAGAGUUCGUCCUGUUAGGCUUCACAACAGACUCCGUGAUGCAGCUGGUCCUGUUUACGGUGUUCCUUUGUGUGUACUCCGUGACUGUGGUAGGAAAUACCACCCUCGUAGUGUUGAUCUGUAAUGACUCCUGGCUGCACACGCCCGUGUAUUUUUUCAUUUGGAAUCUGUCUUUUCUGGAUCUCUGGUAUUCCUCUGUCUACACCCCAAAGAUCUUGGUGACCUGCAUCUCUGAAGACAAAAGCAUCUCUUUUGCUGGCUGUGCAUCUCAGUUCUUCUUCUCUGCUGGGCUGGCAUACAGUGAGUGCUACCUGUUGGCUGUCAUGGCUUAUGAUCGCUAUGUGGCCAUUUCCAAACCCCUGCUUUAUAUUCAGGCCAUGUCAAGGAAAUUGUGCAUCUGUUUAGUUGUAUAUUCCUAUACUGCAGGUUUUGUCAAUGCAAUAAUACUCACCAGCAACACAUUCACAAUGGAUUUUUGUGGUGACAAUAUCAUUGAUGACUUUUUCUGUGAUGUCCCGCCCCUAGUGAAGUUGGCAUGUGAUGUGAAAGACAGCUACCAGGCCAUGCUGUACUUCCUCCUGGCCUCCAACGUCAUUACGCCCGCUGUGCUCAUACUGGCCUCCUACCUCUUCAUCAUCGCCGCCAUCUUGAGGAUCCGCUCCACCCAGGGCCGCCUCAAAGCCUUCUCCACAUGCUCCUCCCGUCUGAUCUCUGUCACUUUGUACUGUGGCUCCAUUCUCUACAUCUACUCUCGCCCAAGUUCCAGCUAUUCCCUUGAGAGGGACAAAAUGGUUUCCACAUUUUAUAUUGUGCUGUUCCCCAUGUUGAACCCCAUGAUCUACAGUUUGAGAAACGAAGAUGUGAAAGGGGCUCUGAAAAAAUUUUUCAGCUUGACACAAUCAGGAGUCUAAAUUGACAUAAAUUUCUUAAAUGAGUGCUAAGUGCAAAAUUAAGUUCUUCAGGGUAAGCUUGGAGAAGUGAAUUAAAAAAUA